AUGUCUUACAACUGCUGCUCUGGAAAAUACUCCUCCCGCUCCUUUGGGGCAUACCUGCGCUCCCCAAGCUCCUCCUGUGGCUCUUCCUGCCCCAGCAACCUGGUCUACCGCACUGAUCUAUGCUCUCCCAGCACCUGCCAGCUGGGAUCCUCUCUCCCCAGUGGCUGUCAGGAGAACUGCUGUGAGUCCACCAGCUGCCAGACAUCCCGUGUGGUGUCCAGCCCGUGCCAGACGUCCUGCCACCGCCCGAGGACCUCCACACUCUGCAGUCCUUGCCAGACGACUUGCUCUGGGUCUGUGGGCAUUGGGUCCAGCAGCUGCCGUUCCCUGGGCUAUGGAUCCAAAAGCUCCUACUCACUGGGCUGUGGAUCCCAGGGCUCCAGAUCCAUGAGUUCUGGAGUCUGUGGCUUCCCUUCUCUGGGCUAUGGAUCCAGAUUCUGGCAUCCAACCUACUUGGCUUCUAGGAGCUGUUAGACUUCUUGUUACAGACCAACCUGUGGAUCUGGUUUCUUUUGAUCAACCUUAUUAAAUUUAUAAUCCUGUUGUCCAAUCUCACCAAUGCCUCUACUCAUAACCUUUAUUAUCUCCAUCACCUAUAGGAAGAACUAUCUUCUUAUUCUUAGAUUAUCAAAUCCUCACCUUGUCUCUGGCUCCAAAUACUGGCUGACAGGCUUUAUUUGAAAAAUUCUAUAAUUAAUGUACUAACUGAAAAUAAAAUCUAAAGUCUGCAUUGGAGAUAAAAUUCAUGUUAUUGGAUUUUCUUCCAAAAUUGUAUGAAAAACCAAAUCAUUAUAACCUAAUAAAUUUAUUGGUU